UGCGUUCGUCGAAUCUCGAUGUCAAAACAUUGCUGAACGCUGUCACAUUCAACUGUCAGUCGCAAGCACGGUUUAGUUUACAGAUAUGAGAUUGAUAAACUAAUCGGAAUAUGUUUUGGUGCAAUUGUUAAUGAAUCUUCACUAGUUUUGUGAAUAAUGAGUUAUCCACAGCGAUUUGAUUCGAGUCCAUAUGACAAUGUGCCCGCUUCUAGAUCGAAAAAUGCGGCGCCAAUGCCGAAUAACAGCUACCAAGGAAAAUUUGAUCCAUUUCAAACGCAAUCAUAUGGUAGAGCACCGGCACGAGUCCCAUACCCAAAUCCUUCCGUUCGUCCUCCAAACAUGUUUUUCCCACCGAUGGAUUUCAGCAUUCCACCGCCCAAUUUCAGUACACAAGUGAACCUACUUGCGACACAACCUCCACGGCCGCCGUUACCUCUCAUGCGUCAACAGCAGCAGCAGCAGCAGCAACAACAUCAACAGCAACCACACCAAACUCAUCCCAACUUCAGAGCAAAUCCAUCAUCUAGCUCACGUAAUGAUGGCCGAAGAGGUGUUGAAGACACAUCAAAAUGGCAUGAUUCGAAGCAAUCCAGUCAGAGAACCAAUGCCAAUGCGCAUCAUUCAACAAAACGACCGUACGAUAGAGAUGGAGGAAGAGAAAUAGAUAGGGAUUGGGAUAGGAGGGACCGAGACAGAGGCAGAACCAAUAAAUAUACACCAAAAAAUGGAAGAGACCGCGAUGAUAGAGAUCAAAAUCGUCAAAGAGACAGCAGGGAUAGACAAGACAGCGAUGGUCUUGGUCGUAAAUAUGAUAAAUAUUCGAAUCGAAGUAGAAGUAAUUCAAGAUCAGUAUCGAUGGCUAAAAUUGAUAAUCGAAGUAAUUAUAGUAAGAGUGAUAGAUCAUCCAGUACAAGGCCACCUAGUACAUCUCGGAGUUCGUCAAUCAAACGAGAAUCGUCAAUUAAACGAGAACCAUCGCCAACAGUUCAGCGCUCAAAGGACAAUGAACCUCGACAAUCAGUCGAGAAAACGGUACCAAUCGAUGACAAAGAAUUAACCGAGCGAGCACGUAUUUUGGAAAAGUGGCGCAGCAAUUUCUGUGAAACAUCCGAAGAUAUCACGAGGAAACUCGAAGAAUUGGCUGAAGAUAGUGAGAAAGAAUGUUGGAUUCGAUCAUCUCCAGCGGAUUUAUUCUACAAACGAACCUCGGUCAAUGAAAUCGAAGGUACCGCUCGCCUGGAAGCAUUGUGUACUCUCUUCAAAACGGAACUUGUUGAACGUGGCACUCGUGCACGCCAAUUGAAACCCGUGACCGAGGAGAAACCAAAGAAGCGGAAACAUCGUGUUUGCCGACACAAAAGUGAUAAAUGUUCAUCGUCUGAAUCAUCGGAUGAUGAUUUCAAUAUCGAAGAUGAUUGCCCAAUGGAAGAGCUAACGAAGAAGAUAAAACAUCCGUAUCGAUUGCAUGCGGAUUUAUGGCAUAACGAAACUGGGGAAAUGAACGAUGGGCCGCUGUGUCGAUGUUCAGCAAAAUCACGACGAACUGGCAUUCGGCAUGGCAUUUACCCGGGCGAAGAGGGAAUACCAACAUGUUCUCCGAAUUCAAAUAAUGCCGGAAAAUUAUAUCAUUACAAAAUAAGUGUAUCGCCGCCGACUAAUUUCCUUACCAAAACGCCAACCAUGAUAAAGCACGACGAACACGAGUUUCUCUUCGAAGGAUUCUCUCUUUUGUCGCACACUCCAAUCGGCGAGCUUCCAACGUGUUCGGUCAUUCGUUUCAAUAUCGAAUACAAAAUCAUGUACUUUGAAGAAAAAAUGCCCGAAAAUUUCACCAUUCGAGAAUUGGAUUUAUUUUCCGAAUAUCUAUUCACGGAAGUACUGGAGAUGUUGGACUUUUCGCUAAAACCAAAGGAAGGCGACAAUACGUGUUCGUGUUUUCAUUUUUUUCCACGAUUCGUGCGUGAUUUGCCUGACAAUGGCAAGGAGAUUCUUUCGAUUAGCGAUGUCCUGAGACAUUUAUUGGACAAUUCGGGUCCUUUGGUUGCCGAUUCGGUAUUGAAGAAUAUGCAAACAUUGCAACAACGUGAUUGGCAAGAUUAUGUAGACGAUGUAAAAGGGAUGGUUGUAACAAAUCCCGGCAUGAAACCAUGUUCGGUUCGUAUCGAUCAGUUGGAUAGAAAUGUGACCGAUUUAACGGAAUGCGUUGAUCCAGAGGAUGCGACCAUUGUUCAUCCGGUGAUUGUGCAUUUUGGUGUGAGACCGCCACAGCUCAGCUACGCUGGUAAUCCGGAAUACCAGAAAUCAUGGCGUGAAUAUGUUAAGUUUCGGCAUCUGGUGGCCAAUAUGUCGAAGCCAUCGUUUGAGGACAAACGAAAAUUGGAGAGCAAAGAAAGUCGCUUACAGGAGAUGCGAACACAGGGUCGUAUGAAACGAAAUGUUACGGUUGAAAUUGUUUCCAAAGGAUUUUAUCGAACUGGCAUCAUGUGUGAUAUUGUACAACAUGCGCUGUUGAUUCCCGUACUUACCACUCAUCUUCGGUUUCAUCAAUCACUCAAUUUACUGGAGAAAAACAUUGACUAUCAAUUCAAAAAUCGAUAUCUACUGCAGUUGGCUCUCACACAUCCAUCAUAUAAAGAAAAUUUUGGUACAAACCCCGAUCAUGCCCGAAACAGUUUAACAAACUGUGGCAUCAGACAGCCAGAAUAUGGUGAUAGGAAGAUUCAUUAUUUGAAUACGAGAAAACGAGGCAUAAACACACUCAUUAAUAUCAUGUCACGGUUUGGAAGAGAAAAUGAAACCGACAGCAGUAUCACACACAAUGAACGAUUGGAGUUUCUGGGCGAUGCCGUUGUUGAAUUUCUUACGUCGAUCCAUUUGUUUUUCAUGUUUCCCGAUCUGGAAGAGGGUGGAUUGGCCACGUACCGUGCGGCAAUUGUUCAAAAUCAGCACUUAGCCGUAUUGGCAAAGAAAUUGCGAUUGGACGAAUUUAUGCUGUAUGCUCAUGGAUCUGAUUUGUGCCACGAAUUGGAACUGCGACACGCAAUGGCCAAUUGCUUUGAAGCAUUGAUGGGCGCAUUACUGCUAGAUGGUGGCAUUGAAGUAGCUGACAAAGUGUUUGCCAACACAUUGUUCCUUGAGAAUGAGAGACUUAAAGAGGUCUGGAUAAACUAUCCACCGCAUCCGUUGCAAGAGCAAGAGCCACUCGGCGAUCGACAAUGGAUUGAAUCCUAUCCACUGCUAAAAGAUUUAACCGAUUUCGAAGAAUCGAUUGGCCUAAAAUUCCGUCACAUUCGUUUGCUGGCACGUGCAUUCACCGAUCGUAGCAUUGGCUUUACGCAUUUGACACUGGGCUCAAAUCAGCGGCUUGAAUUCCUUGGCGAUACUGUUCUGCAACUGAUUUGUUCCGAAUAUUUAUACCGACAUUUUCCGGAGCAUCACGAAGGUCAUUUGUCACUGUUGCGAAGUUCUCUGGUCAACAAUCGAACACAGGCGGUGGUCUGUGAUGAUUUGGGUAUGACAAAGUAUGCAAUUUACUCAAAUCCAAAGAGUGAAUUGAAAACAAAAGACAGAGCCGAUUUGUUGGAAGCAUUCUUGGGUGCAUUGUACGUUGACAAGGGCCUUCCACUCGCCGAACUAUUCUGUCAAGUGUGUCUAUUCCCCCGUUUGCAAUUGUUUAUCAUGAACCAAGAUUGGAACGAUCCAAAAUCAAAGCUACAGCAAUGUUGUUUGACUCUUCGUACAAUGGAUGGUGGUGAACCGGAUAUUCCAAUUUACAAGGUGAUCGAAUGUACAGGACCAACGAAUACGCGUGUCUACAAAGUGGCGGUUUAUUUCAGAGGCAAACGCUUGGCAAGUUCUACCGGUCAUUCGAUACAGCAAGCCGAAAUGGAAGCAGCCAAAAAGGCACUAGAAAACUCAUCGGAACUAUUCCCACAGCUUGACUACCAAAAACGUGUCAUGGCACACAGCAUGAAACGACAAAAAGGGAAACCAUUCGAUGGUGAUAGGAAAUAUAACCGUUCAACUGACCUACCAAGAUUAUUGCGUAAAGAUGACGAUUCAAAUUUACCCAAACAGUAUCGAGUUCGAAAGAAUAUAAAAGGCAAAUCGUCGGAUGAAUCGGAAUCGGAAUCGGAAUCAGAGUCGAAUUCGGAUGCAGAAAGUUCGGAUUCGUUAAAUUUCGCUUGUUCGGCAAGCAAAAAUAAGAAAAUCAAACAAAACAUAAAGCAUAUGCACCGAAUAGACCAUCAAACUGAACUAAAACAUGAAUGUAUUUCGGAAGCUGAAGAACAAAUUGUAGAAGAAUCACAAAGCCAAAUUGAUACAAACACUGCUGAUCAAGACUCAAUAAUGAAUGACAACAAAGAUGAGGUCACAAACAAUUAUUCAGACACUGACGUUUCCCUUGAAUCGGGCGAAAUACUCUAAAUUUACUGUAAAAUGUUCAGUUCAACGGAGCAAUUCCUUUGAGGAAUUUCCUAUUAUUGAAUGUUAAAAUAAUCAUUUCCAUUGAACUGUUCGAAAAUAGCUUUAAAUAUAGUAUGAGUUUAAUAUGCGAAAUUGUAAAUAUACGCAUAUCUCUUCAUGGACGCUUUUGAUUUUAACGAUCGACGGAAUAAUUUCUAACGAUCAAUAGCUAUAUUAUUCAAAUUACCUGAGCAUAGAUUACAGUUCGAAAAUAAAAUUGCGUUAUAGAGUG